ACCUAAUAAUGAACAUAUCCCAACUGCAGAGGAUUCCAUCCCGUACAAACAUUAAUUAAGUAUGUUUUCCUUUAUACUCAAGAAGUAAAAUUUUCAAUGAAACACUUUUCAAAUGAAGAACUUUUUUCAAAAACAAGAUAGUUUUCCUGAGAUAGCUCGAACUUCAUAUCUUAAAGGUUCUCUUAUGAAGGAAGUUCACAUGGGAGCAACAUCGCAAAGAGCUUUCUCCUUCGGAGACCCGGAAACCUAAAAACCGGAGCGAACAAUAUUGUUUACCUUCCACCCACUACUCCAUACUAGGCCAUCAACCUCUCUCGUAAUAUGGAACCGAAAUUAACUUACGAAUUCGAAUUUUUGCCUGUGGAAAUUGUUUGCAUGUACACCGGGAGCACACAAUUGACUGUGCACGGAGUUGGGCUUUUGGCAAAUCAGCCCAGCCCAAUAAGCCAGUCAGCUUAAGCCCAAUCGGAACCGUCGGCACAAUCCAACGGUAGAGAUCACCGGUACUCCGAGCAGUCUCACGCUGUGCACAUACAGCCAAUCACAGCCCUUCGCGCAAUCGGCUUCUCUCAGAAGCCUCGCGCACACAAAAUCCCCCUCCCUCCCUUCUUCCCCGCCAUUUCUCUCUCUCUCUCUCUACGAGACGAGACCGCCAUUGCUCUGCAACUUUUGCUCUCUCUCGGCUCUCGUCGGAGGUUAUGGCGAAGAGGAACGGUGUGGUCGUGCUGUCGUCGGACGAUGAAGACGUCAAGAGCUCGUCGAGGUCGAGGAGCGGCCCGAGGCCGAAACUAAAGUCAGUUCCCACUCGUUCCGAUCCCAGGGGGGCGAAGAAGAAGCCUCGCCUCGCAGGUCCUCGGUCUCGCUCCUGUAAGCAAUCCGGCACUGUGGACGAGUUUGAGUUCUUUGGGGAAGAUUUCAAACAAGUAUUUACUGGAGUCAAGGUAUCUGCUGGUUUUGGAAAGGACGCCAGUAAGGAGUUAUGGGUUGAUAGGUACAAGCCUUGUACCUUUGAAGAUCUUGCUGUUCACAAAAAGAAGGUUGAGGAAGUAAAAUCUUGGUUUGAGGGAAGAUUGCAAGCUCCAAAGGAUAAUUAUGGCUCUAAUGUUCUCCUUAUCACUGGGCAAGCUGGAGCUGGAAAAUCUGCAACUGUUAGGGUUAUUGCGUCUCAUGUCCGAGCCAUGUUAUUUGAAUGGAAUACACCAACUCCUACAAUCUGGCAGGAGCAUAUUUAUGGCAGCAAUACAGGAGCACAGUAUAUUUCGAAGUUGGAUGAGUUUGAACAUUUUAUCGAGACAAUAAGGAAGUUCCGGACCUUAUCUGGAAGGCCAUCAUCUCCAGUGGUUGUCCUGAUCGAUGAUCUCCCUUUGACAUUCGGCAGGAGUGCUUAUAAGAGACUGCAGAACUGCUUACAUCUUCUCGUGCAGACUGCAUGUACACCUACCGUCAUAUUAAUCUCUGAUACUGGUCAAUCCGAUUCAGCAGAUGAUCCGGCGCGAAGUUUAGAUGAACUUCAAUCUUUCCUUGAGAAAGCUGGUGCUUAUAAGAUCUCAUUUAAUCCUAUUACAAAUAAAUCCAUCAAGCGGAGUCUCUCUAGAAUAUGCAGAGAAGAGCGGUGCGAUGUGAAUGAGAAACAACUCGAUUUAAUUGCAACAGCCAGUGGAGGGGACAUCAGACAAGCAAUUACAUCAUUGCAAUUUUUAUGCCUCGAUGAAGAUAUUAGACCAGCUUCAUUAAUUUCCGAUUCUGCUCUGAAAAAUGGGCAAAAUCUUCCUGGUGAUAAGUUGUUUGUACAGUUUGGUCGAGAUGAGACACUCUCUCUCUUUCAUGCCCUGGGGAAGUUCCUGCACAACAAAAGAGAGUGUGAAAGUACCUCUUCUUUAGAUGAAGGCAAACUUCCUAUUCGGGAUAAGUAUUUAAGGUUGCCACUGAAAAUGGAUUCUCCGGAAAAGGUCCUCGGUCAGGCACAUGGACAAGCAAGACCAAUUGCUGAAUUUUUGCAUGAGAAUGCUCUGGACUUCUUGGAUGAGGAUGCGAUAGAUGAUGCCUGGACCAUGCUCUCAUAUUUAGGCGAUGCUGAUGUACUUUUGGAUACUCUCCGUCGAAAUUUUGCUAAAAAUAGUGAUAUAGAGGGCAUCUUGCAGUCUUGCGCUGCUUCUGUUGCUGUUCGAGGGGUACUUUUUGGGAAUGAUCAUCCACUGCCUCCCAGGUGGCAUUCGAUUCGCAAGCCAAAGCUUUGGCAGGUUCAGAAGUUAGCACUAAACAAUAAGGAUGAGUUGCUGAGGCAGAGAGACGAAUAUCAUGGCUCAUCAGACUUAUCAGUUAUUGCCACCGAGUACACUCCUGUACAUAGAUGGAUCCAGCAUAAACAACCUGAUGUUCAUCAAGGAUCUGUUCUUGAUUGUGGGACUGGAGAUGGUGAUGAAGAUACGACUAUGGAAGACCAAGAAGCUGAUCCUUCUGAUGGUGACGACGAGAUUGAGGAUUGGUGAACUAUCACAAUUUGAAUGUAGGAGAUACCCUCAAAUGUAAAUUAGUCCCCAAAAGAAGCUUUACUCUUUUGUUAAUUCUAAGCGACAAAGCUUCCUUGCAUCUGGUCUUAGAGCUCUAUUCUGCUUCCAAAUUUUGCUCCAGUGAGGAUUUAAUGAGGCUUUCUCAUCA